CCUCCAUCUGUACCAUGGGCGCCAAUGCCUCCGCUUUGGAGAAAGAGAUUGGUCCGGAACAAUUUCCAGUCAAUGAGCAUUAUUUUGGUUUGGUUAAUUUUGGGAAUACAUGCUACUGCAAUUCAGUUCUUCAGGCACUUUAUUUUUGUCGACCAUUUCGAGACAAGGUCUUAGCAUACAAGAGUCAACCAAGAAAAAAAGAGAAUCUUCUCACAUGCUUAGCUGAUCUCUUCCACAGUAUAGCCACCCAGAAGAAGAAAGUUGGAGUAAUACCCCCCAAGAAAUUUAUAACAAGAUUACGAAAAGAAAAUGAGCUUUUUGAUAACUACAUGCAGCAGGAUGCACAUGAGUUCUUAAACUAUCUACUAAAUACAAUUGCGGAUAUCUUGCAAGAGGAAAGAAAGCAAGAGAAACAAAAUGGUCGCCUACCUAAUGGCAACAUCGACAAUGAAAAUAACAGCCCGCCUGACCCAACCUGGGUUCAUGAAAUCUUUCAGGGAACAUUAACUAAUGAAACCAGAUGUCUUACAUGUGAAACCAUAAGCAGCAAAGAUGAAGACUUCUUAGACCUUUCAGUUGAUGUGGAGCAGAAUACUUCAAUCACUCAUUGUUUAAGGGGUUUCAGCAAUACAGAAACUCUGUGCAGUGAAUACAAAUAUUACUGUGAAGAAUGUCGCAGUAAGCAAGAAGCACAUAAAAGGAUGAAAGUGAAAAAGCUGCCUAUGAUUCUAGCUCUCCAUUUGAAGAGAUUUAAAUACAUGGAUCAGCUGCAUCGAUACACAAAACUCUCUUAUAGAGUAGUUUUUCCUUUAGAGCUUCGUUUAUUUAACACCUCAGGAGAUGCCACCAAUCCUGACAGAAUGUAUGACCUUGUUGCUGUGGUAGUUCAUUGUGGAAGUGGCCCUAACAGAGGACAUUAUAUUGCAAUAGUGAAGAGUCAUGAUUUUUGGUUGCUUUUUGAUGAUGAUAUUGUUGAGAAAAUUGAUGCACAAGCUAUUGAAGAAUUCUACGGGUUGACAUCAGACAUCUCAAAGAACUCUGAGUCUGGCUACAUCCUCUUCUAUCAGUCUCGGGAUUGAGGGGGAACUGUAGGGAAGAGAG